AUGGAGAACUUCAUCAACAUCGCUAAGAGCGCACUCGAGGGUGGCAACGACAACAGCAGCAGCAACCAGGGCUACGGUAAGACCGGGGGCUCUGAGUACAAUACCCCCCACCACUCCGGUCAGUUCCAAGGCAGUGGUCGUCCUCAGCUCGACGAGGAUGCAGUUGCUUCGGAGGCAGCUUCUCAGGGCUCCGGCGACCACUCACUGUUUAAGUCGGCGAUGAGCUUCGUGAGCGGCAACUCGCAAGAGCACGAGCAGCCCGUCGACGAGGAGCACGUCCAGCGUGCUCACGCUCAGGCCUACCAACAGGAUAACGCAGGCGGCAUGGACGCCAACUCGAUGGGCGCUGCCGCGGCGCUGCAGGCGCUCAAGAUGUUCACGUCCGGAGGCGGUAGCAGCAGCGGUGGAGGUAGCGGCAGCACGAGCAGCCUGAUCAGUAUGGCGAUGGCUGAGGCUAGCAAGCUCUUCGAUAAGUCUGGUGGCGCUUCGGGCGGCGACAAGCAGUCAGUCGUUAACUCGGCUGCUAUGACGGUCAUGAAGCUCGUCGUGCAGAGCAAGUUCAGCGGCACGACUGGCGGAAGCAACUCAGGUGGCCUCGGCUCCCUCAUGAGCAUGGCUUCAAAGUUCAUGUGA